AUGUGGAAAGUUGUGGCUAGCGGUGUCGUAGUUUUCCCAGGUCUAUUCUGGGCGUUACGGAGACUCCUGCCUCGCGUGUACUGCCACUGGAACGAUGCGGACGUGGUGCUUGUCAGCGAAAGGCUGGUGUCCUCGGUCCACGCGCUCAUGGCCACCGCCGCUGGAGUGGUUAUCGUGGCGUCCUGUUGGAACAAUGUCAUCCACGACAGGCACUGGCUGGCCACAGACUUCGUGGUGUACUACGGCGUCCCGUACAUGACGUAUGACAUCGUGGCCAUGUACCUCAGCCACUACCACCGCUUCAGGGUCAAAGGCCACGAGGAGUACCAGCAGCACUCGCUCCGGACCAUCGGCUCGUUCGUGAGGAGAGAGUUCCUGCUGGUGCUGCAUCACAUCGCGCUGCUCACCAUCCUCCUGCCCGUCACGCUGUUCUCCAGGAAGGACCAGGGCGACUUCUUCAUCGGCUGCUUGUUCCUCACGGAGGUCAGCACACCCUUCGUGUCUCUGGGCAAAAUCCUCAUUCAGCUGGGCCUGCAGGAGGGCAGCGUCCACAAGGCCAACGGGGGCAUGGUCCUGCUCACCUUCUUCCUGUGCCGCAUCGCCCUCUUCCCCUUCAUGUACUGGAUGUACGGACGGCACUACAGCCUGGCCCUCCACACGGUCCCUGCACACCUGCCCCUGGCCACCAACCUGGGCAGCUGCUGCAUCCUGGCCCCUCAGCUGUACUGGUUCAUUCUGCUCUGUCGGAAAGGCUACCGGCUCUACCAACGCAGCCGGCAAGCCUCACCCACAGGGGGCGCCAAAGACAACUGA